CCGCUCUCCCCCGACUAACUCAGUCUUUGUGUUGUCUUUCUUCCACUCUGUGCGUCUGUGACGGUCUCUGAGUGGAGCAGUCUCAGAGGUGUGGGACUCCCUCCAGCGUAGCCAGAGGCUCCACUGAUGCUCUACAACUAUCUACUACACUAGUCUGCCCUUUGGCUGUCUGAUCUGCCUCUCCACAGAACAUAAUUGUUCCUCUGCGCAAGGAAAGAAAGGUGGCACGGCGCUUUUACGCAUGGAGGUUGGAAUCAGCCUCUUCGCCUUUACGCAUGGCUGUGGGUCACCUCUACGAAAGGUGCUGCCGGGCUUAUGAGAGCUUGUCAGGGCGUCCAGAAGGGUGUGAAAAGUGAGCGACGAUGCGGGGCACUGAGCUCCUGCUCGGGUACUUUCUGGUGAAAGUUAUGGUGUGCGACGCGGAGGGCGAACCGGGGCAAACCGUCGACGAUUUCAUUAUGGUCACCGGGUUUAACGACUCCAAAGAUGUGGAGAUCGAAGUGACGGAGAGCCCGCACACGGAGGACAAGUGUCGGGGCUACUACGAUGUCAUGGGCCAGUGGGACCCGCCGUUCGUGUGCAAGACGGGCAGCUACCUGUACUGCUGCGGUACCUGUGGCUUCAGGUUCUGCUGCGCGUUCAAGAGCUCCAGGCUGGACCAGACCACCUGCAAGAACUACGACACCCCGCCAUGGAUGAUGACCGGCAGACCCCCGCAGAAGGUGGACGUGUCGCUGGACUCUGCGAAGGAUAAAACCAACCUCAUUGUGUAUGUCAUAUGCGGGGUCGUGGCCAUUAUGGCACUGAUAGGGAUUUUCACCAAGCUUGGUUUGGAAAAGACGCACCGUCCAAACAGAGAGAAUAUGUCGAGAGCUCUUGCACACGUAAUCCGGCAUCCUGCCUCAGAACAUACGGACGACAUCGGGCUUGGCCAGCACUACGAGAACAUACAAACCAGAGUCACACUUAACAGUUUCCACAGCAACCAGAUGAACAACAUGGUUCAAGCAUCCACGCUGAUAACUCAGCCGUACCCGGCCAUGGGACCGCUCACCAGCCCGUACGAACAGCAGAACUCUGUCAAGGAUCUCAACAAGUACACCACGCUCAAGGCUGUGGCAGAGAAAGCUAACGACAGCUUCCACAGCCGCCGACAAGUGAUCGAGAUGACAACCAAGGGCAGCCUCCCCAUGGAAGGAGUGGACAUGGAGCCGGAGCCGAGCAAUCCUUACAGCCCUCCCAGACAGAUGUCGACAAAGCAGAAUGGACACAAGUACAAAAGCCCCCGGAGCCACAGCUCCCAGUCGCUGUGCUACAGCCCCAACACUGCCGCCAGCCCGGUGGUGCUCAGAUCCUGGGAGAGCAAGGAGUCGCUGGGGCUGCGGCAGAGCUACGGCCCAAAGAAACUGUGCAUCAUAGAGAAGGAGCUGCACACCACUCGCUACAUCCCUCCACAGCCAUACUUUGUCACCAACAGCAAAACAGAAGUGACAGUAUGAGGGGCCGAGGCUUGGAACGCAUCUAAGAGAGACAGCAACUGCAGCGUCGGACUGUGCAUUUGUGUAUGUAACGGGCAGCUUCUAAAGGUGGCCGGACUCAAUCACUGCCUCACAAGGGCACUGUGAUGAACAUGUGUGAUAUUCAUAUAAUCCAUCUGCUAAAGUUACAUAACUCAUAUACCGCAGUGAUGACACAUGACACAGUAAGCGCUGUUGUCAGUAUGCACCGAGUAAUCAAAAAGGACCUUAAAAUUAAAGCACAUUAUGUAAUUUCUAUUAAAAUAUUGUCCAGUUGAGAAAAAAAAACUUCCUCAUUCAUAGAAUCAGAGCUAAGUAGUCCGUGGUUGAAUGGGCAUUGAUGAAAUGCGUCACUGGACCAUGGAUACUGUCUAUAAAUGUCAAGAUGUGCUAAAGAGUAUAAAUGGAUGCAUUAGUUGGUGGCUUAAAUGUGAAUCUGGGUUGUUUUUUAUAUCUCAUUCUAUCAUUCUCUCAAUAAGAGCCCUCCAAGACAUUAUUAGCCACUCAAAAUGUCUGCAAAGUCCGACUUAAGUAAGAACUCAUUCAGGUUUGUUUCAGAGAUGCCAUCCAUUCUGGGAGAUUCAUAAGCUAAGUUCAUCAUUCGGUGUUUUUAAAACUAUACAGGAAUCUGUCUGUGAAGGUGUUGCUGUUAAGUCACUUAGGAUCCAUUAAAAAGUACAUUUGGUGAAUGUGGUGUCACUUCUCAAAGUGGUAGAUCUGGAAACGCAUUCAGAGCCAGCUCACUGCCAGCAGACAUCCUGUUGAAGCAUUAACUAGGAGCAACAUGCAGUAGCUGCAAAGUGAACAGCCAGUGUCGUGUCGGUGUAACAGUGCCUCUCAUCAGUAUCAGCAUGUGUGAUUAGCCUAGAAUAUACUGUACGAGGAGUCCCGGUAUUAGAACGGUGAUUGGUUUUAUUCUUAGUAAUCCAUUAUGCUCCCAACAAAAACUCGUUCUCGGUGUUGAAGACGGCGGCUCGGAGUUCGCACCACCGUAGAACCUCUUGGCUUUAAUUAAACGCGUGUGUUAUUUUUGUGACUUUAGUCCCAAAUCUUACAUUUAAAUGAAUGUAUCUGGUCCGGAUAGCCUAAAUGCGAGUGACCUGUUCUUUGUUGGAGGUUAACAGUUAAUUAACUCCUGUCAGAAUGAAUGUAAAAAUGUAGUAAGCUUUUGUUUUUCUUUGUCCGUACUACACAAAUAAAUGAGUCCACAAUGCGUCUAGGCAGUGAAAUGUUCCUCAUCUGUUGGGAAUCUGUGGGAAAAAGUCUGCCAAUGAUACUGGAAGACUUGCAAUAGCCAAGGCUUACAGGUGCAGAUGAUCAUUUGUUGUGCUGAUUUCCCAGUCAAGUAAUAUAAAAGGACGCCUGCCUGCGAGUAUGCGGUCGAGUAUUUGAAGCAGCUGAAAACAAGGCAGCACUCUACACAAGUGGGACGUGGGAACUGCUAGUGUAAAGGUGUAUUUAUGUCUUCUCAAGUCCACAUCGUAGGAAACUGAAAAUAGCAUAACAAGGCAAGAAAGGAUGUGAAUUUUUUGCAUUUUGGGGAGUUGUUAAUAUUCUCACAGACUUCCAUCCAAACUUUAUGCACUGUUUUCCAAUAUAUGCAUACCUAGUGGAUCCAACUAUCCUGUGACGUAAUUAAUCAACUGUAUCGAUGUUUAUUUUAACGGUUGUACGAAAUCUGGCACAGUAUUCAAGGGUCAGCUGACAUUUGCAGUAUUGUAUAGUCACUACCACUCUCUUGUUUUGUGAAUGCUCUGAUUCCUUCAUCGAGAAUACUGAAAUCACUGUUAUGAAACUGUAAGUACACAACAUUUACACAUGGAGUUCUACUUUAACACUGCCACUUGUGUAUAAUACGUGUUGGGACUGCAACAUCCAGUAUUAAUAAUGCAGCAACAAUGUUUUAUUUUGAAGGAAAUCCCUACAAUCAAAGGUCUAAUACUCUCAUUUCUUUGUAUCACCAUUAUCUGAAUAUGCAUUUGAUUCUAAUUACUCUGAGUGUUAUGUGUCUUUAUGUACAGUAUAAAGUUACUUUGGUUUAAGAUCUAUUGUUGAAUAUAUUCCCCAUGUCUGUGUUUGGAACUCCUGAAAAGUUACCGAGCUUAGCAUUUCAAUGUUUUCCAUACAUUUUGCGAUACUCAUGUAGCCAGUGUCCUGCAAAAACCUUGAAUCUCUGAAUUGGCACUUUUUUGCUGUAAUGAAUAAUCCCAAAACUACAGUCAAAGUGAUUUUUGCUUCAUUGUGGUGUUUCAGUGCACUCUGGAAACGUCCAAGGUUCAUGAAACAUUUUUUUUAAAAAUGUGGAAAACCACCGCGACAGCCUCUAAAAGGUUUUUUACAAGACGGUGCAUGCAAACAACUUAUUUUCAUGUUUUAGAUAUACCAUCUAAGUGUAGCAGUUUUGGGGGGUUUUUUUUACAUGAAGGAACUGGUCUUUGGCAAUCAACAACUGUUCCAACUGUCAGCAAAUCUAUGAACAGAUUUUUGCAUUCAUACCUCCUCCGUCUAAAAAAAAUUGACAGAUGAAUACUAAAAAAAUCGCAUCAUUACAAAAGCGAGUAAACUAAUCAUUAUGGAGGUAAAGUAUCUGUAGCAAUCUUGGCGCUGAGUUUAAAAAGAAAAAAACGGACAACUUACAUUCUAAAUCUGGUUGGCUCUAUUUGUUCCCCACGCCUCCCCAACACUGCACCAGAUGGUAUCAUAACAUGGCAGAGCACUUGAUUGCAGUCCAAGGACCUCUUACAUAUAAUUCACCACAUUUUAUGGGACUUUCUGUUCACUUGUGCUCCAGCUGUAACUAAAUAAAGUGAUGAAGUGUCAUACUGUCGACAUUAAAACUAUUUUUUAAUAA